AUGUCAGAAACAUCAAAAACCUCACCGAUCAAAGAAAUCAGACUCACCAGAGCACGCGCCAACAAAAACCAAGACACAGAAGACGAUGCGCCACAGACCCAAAAUAUACGGAAUACACAAACAGACGAGGAAAACAUGAAUGACAAGGACAGACAACAUGGAGAAGACCUCUCACUAAGCAGGGAGGAACCAAGAGACCCCUCCCAGCAAACAAUGGAAAUAAACCAAGACAUACAAAAAAUACCGACACCAAAUCACGAUGAAGAUAUAGAAAAGUCACAAACACAGAACAGAGAAAACGACAAGGAAACAAGGGAAAACACCCAACCAGAAGGGGCAACACGAGAAACGGAGCAGACAAUAAACAAAGAAAAGAAUGAAACGGACAAAGAACCAGGAAAAGAAAACGAGUCUGAUGUUGCAAAGAUAACAACAAGGAAGGGAAACAAAGAAACGACAUCAAAUGAAGAAACAACAAGCGAGAUAAUCGGACUAGACGACUCCAUGGAGCACACACAAGGAUACGAUCUAACGACAACCCGACUGGUAAACAUAGUCAAUGCACAAUCAGCAUUAAUCCAAAGUCACCUCACACUCAACCGAAGCGUGAAAAAGGAAAGCAAAGAGGCAAUAUCAGAAUCAGUCAAGAAAAUACAAAAAGAAGUAGAAAGAUACGCACUAGAACUCACCCUAACCGGGAAAAUAACAAGAAACAACGACCCGCAAACGACAGCAAUAACAACAACAAUAACAUCACCAUCACCAUCAAAUAAAAAUAGAAAUCAAGCCGUACAAACAGACGAAUACACUCCAACAACGGCACCCCAACCUAAAACUCCCGUAGACAAACUAAAGGAAGACAUCAUAAAUGGAGUAAAAACAGAAAUAGAAAAACUAAUUUAUGAACAAAAGGCAGUCAACGAAUUAGUAGUCGCAGCACUAACAAGACCAAUAGACGAUGAAGAAAAAGAGAUCGCAACAACAACAACAGCAAAAACAGUGGAAAACAACAAUAAUAAAAACACAAAAAGAGGAGAAAGGACAGACACACAUAGACAGAUAAACAAAGAAAGAACAAAAGAAAAACCAAGAGAAGAAACCACAAUAACCCAAAAGAGAAACAAGCAAACACCAAUCAACGAAAAUAAUACUAAUCAGACACAUAGGAAAGUAACCAAAAUAAACAAUAAUAAUAACAACAAGACAGAAACCAGUUACGCGGUCAUACUAGAAAACAUAGACCCUCGAAAAGAAAACGCAGAAACACUAAAACAAGUACAAGAUAAGGUAGAUGUUAUACAACUGGGAGUCGGAAUACAGCAAAUCAGAUAUACUAAAAGCAAUAAAGUAGUCAUAAACUGCGAAAACGAAGAAGACAGAGAGAAGCUUAGCACAGCAAUCAGAAAUAAUAACACAGGAGUUACAGUGGAAGUCCCCAAACUCAGAAACCCGCAAAUAAAACUAAUAGGAGUCAUAAACGAAAAUGUAGGAGACAAAAUAACAGAAGCAAUUCAUAGACAAAACCCUAAUAUAACCAGCAAUUUAUCUGGAAAUGAGAAAUUAAUAAAAUAUAUACGUCACAUAAACAGAAGGGACAGCUAUACAAAGAACGUGAUCAUAGAAGUGAGUCCAGAGAUAUACAACAGAAUACAACAACAAAGAAAAAUUAGAAUAGGGUACCAGUCAGUGGUGGCGGUGGAGCAGCAACAACUGCUCCAAUGCUAUAAUUGCAUGGGAUAUAACCACAGAGCAUCAAUCUGCACUGCAAAAACUAGAUGCGGGUAUUGUGCGGAAACGCACGACACACGCAAAUGCCCAAACCGAUACAGCAAAGACCCAAACUGCUCCAACUGCCAGAAGAAGGGAAUGGAGCACAUCCAUGCUGCAUACAGCCUAGACUGCCCAGAGUACAGCAAAUGGAGCAAAAUAGCAAAGAUGUCCAUACGAUACCGAUAA